AUGAGGCGGCACAAGGAUGUAUUAUCUGUAUUGAAACCUUCAGCAACUUCAUUUUCAAGGGCAAAUGGAUUCAAUGAAGAGGCAAUAAACAAUUUCUUCGACAUCUUAGAAGCUGAGUAUAGGAAACACAAAUACCCAGCCGACAGAGUUUUCAAUGUCGACGAGACAGGGAUAUCUGUGGUUCAGAGUAAAAUUCCCAGAGUGAUUGGUUUACGGGGGAAGAGACAAGUGGGAGCUCUUAGCUCAGCUGAAAGAGGCUCUCUUGUGACUGUCAUCUGUUGCAUGAGCGCAGGGGGCACUUUCAUUCCGCCCAUGUUAAUUUUCCCAAGAAAAAACAUGACAGAUCUGCUUAUGAAAGGUGCUCCACCAGGGGCGAUUGGUAGGUGCCACCCUUCAGGGUGGAUACAAUCAAACCUGUUUACAGACUGGCUACGCCAUUUUAUUGAGAAGACUAAGCCAACAAAAGAAGAUCCUGUACUUCUGAUCCUAGAUGGUCACAACUCUCACACAAAAAACAUAGAUAUUGUGAAUCUUGCGAGGGAUAACUUCAUAUCAAUCAUUAGUUUGCCCCCACACACGUCACAUAAGCUACAACCGUUAGACAAGUCAUUCCUGGGGCCACUAAAACACCACUACAGUGAACAAAUACGCCGGUAUAUUCGACAUGGCGAAAAACGAGUGGGACCCUAUGACAUUGCAGAGCUUCUAGGACAAGCGUACCUAGCUUGCCAGACAGGGUCGAUAGCUGUGAAUGGGUUUAAAACAACCGGAUUGUAUCCAUGCAACAGGAAUGUCUUCACUGCUGCAGACUUUGCACCAUCAUCUGAAGAGACAUUCGACAUGGAAACCCUACUGCAAGCAAGAAAGAGAAAGCCGACACAGCCUCAAAUGGUACACAACUUUGAACACUCAGAGGAGGACGUCGAUGAUCCUGAAGAGAUUAUCCAAAGUCUAAGUGAGGAUAACCCGCCCGAGACCGAAGCCCACCUACAACCCAUCACAUCCACCUUAUUUCAAACCGUCCACUGA